CAGUGAUAGCGACCUGGACAACCACGACUCAUCCUCCAACACCUCAGCUGACGACCACAUGACCUCCACCAAGAGAACACACCACAGGGGAGUUAAAGAAGAGAGCGAGGAGGGGGCCGACCUGAUGAACAGCUGUGUGUGUCCUCUGUGCACCCUGGAGUUCAGCAGCCCCGAGCAGCUCAUCACACACGUCUACCAGCACACAUCGUUGAUGGGCAGCAGUAAGAACUACGUGUGCCCAGUGUGUGGGCGCACGCUCAGCUCGCCAGGCUCCCUGGGGCGCCACCUUCUCAUCCACUCUGAGGACCGCCUCUCCAACUGUGCUGUGUGUGGGACACGCUUCACCAACACCAACAACUUCAACAGGGAGAAGCUCAGAGAGGUCCUGAACACAGGCAGCAGUAUGGAAUGCAGCAGCGGAGAUGAGAACUGUUCCAUGUCCCGGUCUCUCUCCAGCAGCCCCAUGGGCAACCCCGGUCAUGGCCUGGGACACGGCCACGGGCCCGGCCACAACCAAGGACACAACCCUGGCCGUGGCACAGGCCACAUCCCGGGACACAGCCACGGCCCGGCAUACAACCCCGGCCACAACCAAGGACAUGGACAUGGCCCAGGACACAACCAUGGCCAAGGUCUCGGACACCUCCCAGGCCACCCACUCCCCUCACUGCACCACAGCCUCCUCUCUUCACCCCCCUCCUUCCCUGACACCCUCAGCCCCUCACCAGGCCUACCCCUGCUGCCAGACAUCCUGAGCCCCAUGCCUGUGCACCCGGCCGGAGUGCUGCUGGUGUGCAACAGCUGUGUGGCCUACCAGCAGCUGGUGGACGCCCAGUCUCCCAUGAGGAAGUGGGCCAUGCGCAGGAAGAACGAGCCGGUGGAGGCACGCAUGCACCGUCUAGAGCGCGAGCGCUCCGCCAAGAAGACCAAGCGGGAGCACGAGUCGCCCGAGGAGCGGGAGCUGCGACGACUUCGGGACCGCGAAGCCAAGCGGAUGCAGAGGCUGCAGGAGACAGAGGAGCAACGGACACGGAGGCUUCUGCGCGACAGGGAGGCCAUGCGGAUGAAGAGGGCCAACGAGACGCCAGAUAAGAGGCAGACCAGGCUGAUCCGUGAGAGAGAGGCCAAGAGACUGAAACGGCGGCUAGAGAAGAUUGACCCCUCCCUGAGAGGUCAGAUAGAGCAUGAUCCAGCUGCUAUGGCUGCCCUGACGGCAGACAUGAGCCUGUUCCAGUUCCCCUGCCCCAUGCCUGUCCCCUCUCUGGACAACAGCCUCUUCAUGAAGCUGCCCUAGCAGGACCAGGUCACUGGGGGCAGCACACUGGGCCACUAACAGUUACAAUGACCUCUCCACUACGCCUAUGGGUUGAGAAGGCCACAGAUGGAACCAUUCCAUGCUGGUUGAAAUUCCAGCAGCUUCUGUGUCCAACAACUUGAUACCCGAACUCCUGUGUCAACAAAUAACAUUAAUUUAUUACAGACUAGCAGGAAAUAAGAGCAGAUUCAAGAAUGUUUCACUAAAUGGUAGGUAUUGAUAAAGCAUGUUGUAAAGAGAUUUGAUCUGUUUUGGGGGCUAGCAGACUUUGACUUACCAGCCCAUUGUGACAGGAGCAGUUACACCCUUCCAUAUUUUGCACAUGGACCUUCAGUGAUGGGAAUGAGUCACAUAGCCAAUAGCUCUCCCCUCGCCUCUGGUCCCUUCUGCUAGCAAAGUCGCUGGAGUUUACCGGUAGCUACACCUCUCUCACACGCUGCCAACGUGGGUCUCUGCUCUGGCUAGCUCAUAUCCACCCAAUCAACUACCUCAGUAAGGGCUGAGGCCGAGCCCUCUGUGGCCUACGUUCUGACUCCAAGCGUCUUUACACGUACACUACAGAAGAGAAUGCGGGUUGUUUCCUUAGUUUGAGGGUGUGUUUAUAUCUUUAGGACGUAUUCACAGCUCACCGGGAGAAUAUUCAACAGGACAGAACAUUCAGUAAGACAUAGUCCGAAAUGUACGGUAUAAAACGGGAACGAUAGAAAACGGACCUGUCGUAUACAUCACAUUUCUAUCCGCUAUGCUCUGAAUAUGCUGUACUAUUUAAUGAGCCCUGUUUUGAGCAACAUUAUCCUCCAUUCCAGCACAUUCUCUUCAACUCAAAAUAUACUGCCACUACUGUAGGUCUCUUUGCCUUUUAUUAGUCACAUUGACCUUCCUCAAUCUGUUUUUCCCUCGUACCUUCAACACUCAUAACCUUUGCCAAGUAGUUGGUAAUAAUUUCCUUUUUACUUUAUGUAUCUUCUGUUGCAUUGACAUUUUUGGCUCAUCAAACCACAAUCCUUGCUGCUGUUACUGUUCUGUACAUGUUAGUUACCUCUAGGACAUUUAGGACUCAACAUGUGAACUGAGAGUGCUAAUUUACUAGCAUUUUUCUAAAUGCCCCAAAUUGUCAUAUUUCCUUCCUAACCAACGUAUUGAAAUAUGCUCAUACAGUUGAAGUCGGAAGUUUACAUACUUAGG